GGACAUGAGCACAUUCACAAACCAAAUUAUAUGAAGACCAUGUUGUAUAUCGCAAAAAGAUGUGCGAAAAAAAUAAUUGACGGCAUUUCUGUGGAGUGCUUUAAACUUUCAUGUUCAACAUUCAAAGAAUUAUGAUAGAAAAAAAAUUUGUUUUUCUUAAAACACUUCCCUGCAAGAAAUGCGUUUUUAUGUGCGUAUUCCGGAACAAGUACUUCACUGCAAUGAUAAUCGCGCACAGACUAUGGGUUGUGAGUAUAUGUGCAGAAGAAUGACCGCAACACACGGAGCGCAAGCGCAUGUCCGACACUUUGCAAUCAAUGUCGUGCGUCUAUCUCGUGCAGUCUUCAGCGGAAUCUCUCAUCGCGAACAUGGAAAACUCACACGAGGAACAUACGAUAUCACCGAAUAUCAAUUAUCAGCGGGACAUACAAUACAUCUUCAAACCGGGUAACUGGAUUCUCGGCUCGAUCGGCAUCUGGCCUCUCACGAUCCGCGGAAUCGGUCGACACGCAUCUAAGAUCGCGAUCCUGCUGUGUAAUUUUGCAUUAAUUUUCGCGAUAGUACCCUGCUUUCUAAACAUGAUCUAUGAUCAGAAGGAUCUCAAUAUAAAGCUCAAGCUCUUUGGAGUUCUCGGUUUUUGUAGCAUUACACUGAUGAAGUACUGCGUUCUUACGAUAUAUCGGCCAAAGAUAUCGCGCUGCAUCGAACAUGUGAAGAGUGAUUGGUGGCAGGUAAAAUUCAGUUCUGAUCGUGAAAUGAUGCUGAAGUAUGCCACCAUCGGUCGUACAUUGUCUAUGAUCAGCGCGACUUCCAUGUGUCUCCCUGAGGUCAUUUAUCAUACAAUUCUGCCGUUUUGCACCGAGCAUAAGAUCGGUAAUCAAACCAUUAGACCGCUGGUGUAUCCAACAUAUAGUAAGUUUUUUAACACCCAAGUGAGUCCGGUAUACGAAAUAGUGUACUUGGCUCACUGUAUGUGCGGAUACACCAUAUAUUCAGUGACGGCCGGAACGUGCGGAUUGGCAGCAAUAUUGGCCACUCACGCUUGUGGCCAAAUCCAGGUGAUAAUAUCUCGACUUGAGGAUCUUUCGCGCGGCAAAAAUUUCGAGCAAUUGUUGGAUGUUAAUCAACGAAUCGCUCACAUCGUAAAAAGUCAUGUUCGAAUAUUGAGAUUUUCUACCGCCGUAGAAGAACUUCUACAGGAAGUAUGUUUAUUGGAAUUCGCCAGUUCCAUAUUCACGAUGUGUUUGCCUGAAUAUUACUGUAUAGUGGAUUGGCAAAAUAGCGAUGCAGUGGGACUAACGACUUAUUUUCUGCUUUUCAUUUCGUUCUGCUUCAACAUGUAUAUAUUAUGUUAUAUCGGUGAGCAGCUUGUGGAGAAGAGUAGUCAAAUUGGAACGAAGUGCUUCACGACUACCUGGUAUAAACUGCCGACAAAAUCAAUUCGUAAUCUAGUUUUAGUGAUCGCAAUGUCUAGCCAUCCCAUAAAGAUCACCGCUGGUAGAAUGAUAGAUUUAUCAUUGGCAACAUUUGGAAAUGUACUCAAAACAAGUUUGGCAUACUUGAGUCUUCUUCGAACAUUAGUAGAAUCACCGCAUGUCCGGCAAUCAAUGUCGCGCGUCUACUUCGUGCAGUCUUCAACGGGAUCUGUCAUCGCAAACAUGGAAAACUCACAAGACAAACAUACGAGAUCAUCUAAUGUCAAUUAUCAGCAGGAUAUACAAUACAUUUUUAAACCGGGUAACUGGAUCCUCGGCUCGAUCGGCAUCUGGCCUCAUGCGAUUGGCGGAAUCGGGCUACAUGCAUCUAAAAUCGCGAUCUUGCUGUGUAAUUUUGCGUUAAUUUUCGCGAUAGUGCCCUGCAUUCUGUACAUGAUUUAUGAUGAGAAGGAUCUCAACUUGAGACUGAAACUCUUUGGCCUGCUGGGUUUUUGUUGCACUGCAUUGAUGAAGUAUUGUGUCCUCAUGAUUCAUCGGCCAAAAAUAUUGCGUUGCAUCGAACACGUGAAAAGUGACUGGUGGCAGGUAAAAUUCGACUCUGAUCGUGAAAUGAUGCUGAAAUACGCCACCACCGGUCGUAGACUGUCUAUGAUCAGUGCUACUUCCCUAUAUCUCCCUGAAUUCAUAUAUCAUACGAUUCUGCCGUUUUGUACCGAGCAUAAGGUCGGCAACCAAACCAUUAGACCGCUCGUAUAUCCGACGUAUAGUAAAUUUUUAAAUACCCAAAUGAGUCCGGUAUACGAAAUGACGUAUCUGGCUCAUUGGAUGUGCGGAUACACUAUAUGUUCUGUGACAGCCGGAUCGUGCGGAUUGGCAGCAAUAUUCGCCACUCACGCAUGUGGCCAAAUCCAGAUGAUAGUAUCUCGACUUGAGGAUCUUUCGCGCGACAAAAACUUUGAGCAAUUGUUGGAUGUUAAUCAACGAAUCGCUCACAUCGUAAAAAGUCAUGUUCGAAUAUUGAGAUUUUCUUCUGCCGUGGAAGAAAUUCUGCAAGAAGUAUGUUUAUUGGAAUUCAUUAGUUCCAUAUUUACAAUGUGUUUGCCUGAAUAUUAUUGCAUAGUGGACUGGCAGGAUAGUGAUGCACUAGGGCUACUAAUUUAUUUUAUGCUCUUUAUUUCAUUCUGCUUCAAUAUGUAUAUAUUAUGUUACAUCGGCGAGCAACUUGUAGAGAAGAGUAGUCAGAUUGGGACAAGGUGCUUCAUGACUACUUGGUAUCAACUGCCGACAAAGUCAAUUCGUAAUCUAGUUUUAGUGAUCGCAAUGUCCAGCCAUCCCAUAAAGCUCACCGCUGGUAGAAUGAUAGAUUUAUCAUUGGCAACAUUUGGAAAUGUAUUGAAAACAAGUUUUGCAUACCUAAGCCUUCUUCGAACGUUAGUGGUAUAAAUAUAAUAGAAAUAUUAUAGCAAAUGUGUAAAGGAAUAGUGUCAAAUAUAAUGUCUCCUUCACACUGUAGAAUUCUCACAGACGACACGAAUCACGUAUAGUAAUGUGACAACUGAUAUGUCAGCUGAUUACUGGUGAUUUUUACCGAUUGCU